AGUAUCUACUUUGUAUUUCUUUUUGAAUUCAGUUCUCGCAUCCUCUAUUUCUUGUUCUCUCUCAUCUCAAUCUCUGAUCUUUACAGUCAAAUCUCGGCCAAAAAAGUCAGUUUUCGAGCGACCCUUCUUGAUUCAAAUCCUAUGGAGACCCCAUCAUCAACCAGAAGAGUCACAAGGUCACAGGCUUCGGCUGCUUUAAACAGCGACAACAACAGCAUUCCCCUCUCAAGGAAAAUUGAAGAUUCUGGAAAGGUUCUCUCAAAAUCAAGGCAAAGAAAUGUGAAACAAGAUCGGUCUGUGCUGAUCGAUAUAACGAAUGAUUCUCCGAUAGUUGGGCUUGCGAUGGGGAGCUUGGAGACCCCAUCAUCAGCCAUAGCCAAGCAAAGGAGCAAUCGAGCCAAGAACAAGACGCCUGGGUCCGGAGAGGCCUUGCUUAGGGGUCAAGUCAAGACCCUCUUGCAGAGAGUGGAGGAAGAGGCCGAGCUUUCGAAGCUCUCGCUGGAAAGCCGUUCCUUUCUUCAUCUCCAAGGGUUUGUCAACUCACCGACCGGACUUCUUGCCCCAACCCCCGCGAACACACCCCAGCUCUCGAAUCUCUCCGGCAACAUCAACAGUGGUUUGGCUUCGGCAGUGCCUUCUCCAGUUGUCGAAGAACAAUUGAUUUCUCAGGUGGUGAGUAACAUCUUCGAUGGAAAGAAGCUGGAUUUUUCUGAGAAAUCCGAAAGCCCUGAUUCAUCAGACUCCUCUGUGCUGACUUACGAAGCAGAAGCAGGAGCAGGAGGGAGCUAUUGCAAAGAGAAGUCGUCCGCAGAAGAUGAUGAUGCUUCUGUUUGGUCUAUCCAGGUUAAUGCAAGCACCCGUGAUGAAGACGAGGAAGAAGUACUUGAAGAAGAAGACUACUAUGAUGAAGAAGCCGAUGAAAUUGAAGAAGAGGAGGAGGAGGAGGAGGAUGGAGGAUUGGUUGAUGAACUGUGCGAGGGCAUUAGCAAGAUUUUUGUGGAUGAGAAGAGAGAGGCUCCCAAGUUUGCUGGAAAGCACACAAGGUUUGUUUACGACAGUGAUGAUGAGCUUAUUAUUGGAGAGGAAGAGGGGCGCGCAGAGAUUGAAGGUUCUGGCGGCGUUUCACCAAGUGUCUUGCGGUUGAAGGGCUUGCCCACCCCAAAAGGGAAGCACCUGCGUUUUCCUGUCCAGGCCGAAGAGGAAGAAUAAGACAACUGAAUUUCCUCUAGUUUUCCUGUGUGAUAUGAUGAUGUUUGGUUGUCUCUCUUGACGACACCAUUAUCUUUGGGAUAUUUCUAGCUUUUUUUCUUCUUUUCGUUUUGGGAUUUGGGUGGGUAAAAAAGUUCACUACGAAAGUGACUGACAGAGAAGCUGUUCAUGACCACUUUAUGGUCGAAUUUUCAAAUAAUACAUUGAUUUGAUGAA